UGGCUCAUAUCUGAUACCGUUGGACUAGUGCCAAAACACAGAUACUUUUCUUUUUCUUUUCUGAGAUUAAAAUCGAGAGAUGGCGACUAAACAGAAGAACGCUAUAGACCAUCAGAUGACUGUCGCUCUGCGCAUCCGUCCGUUUAAUUUGACGGAGACUAAGAACCGAGCACAGUGCAUCACCCAACAGCUUGGUCUGCAGACAGUGCUACUGAAGGACCCUGGCGAGGAUCCUUAUGACGUAUUGCGCUCGAGCAGGACCAGAGAAGCAACAUUCACUUUUAAUCACGUGUUCAAUCAGGCAGCUACACAGGAAAAUGUGUAUGAUUCCACGAUGAAGAACAUAGUGGAUGACAUCCUAGCUGGGUACAAUGCUGCCAUAUUUGCCUACGGCCCCACAGACACAGGGAAGACCUAUACUAUGAUGGGCAAGCCUUGCGACCCCGGAGUGAUGUAUCGCACCCUGAAGGACCUGUUUAAGACUAUUGAGGAGACUGGAAGGAGAGAUCAUUUCUCUGUAUCAUUGUCAUAUGUAGAGAUCUACAAUGAAAUGAUCCGGGACCUAUUAAGACCUUCCUCUGGAUCUUUGGCCCUCAGAGAGGAUCCUUAUGGUAACACCAAAAUACUAGGGAUUACUGCGUUCUCCCCUAGCACUCCUGAGGAGGCCAUGUCUAUGCUGAAGAUGGGGAAUAAGCGUCGCUCUGAAGCAACCACAACUACUAAUAAGACCUCAUCACGCUCCCAUGCCGUAUUACAGGUCACCGUUAAGCAAACAGGCAGAUGGAGUAAGCACAUGGUAGACCUGGCAGGAUCAGAGCGGGCAAGCCAGACUACCAACAGCGGCCAGACUAUGAAAGAAGGAGGUUACAUCAACCGCUCCCUUCUCGCCCUCAGGAACUGCAUCAUGGCACUGCGCGAGAGACCAGGCAGCCAUAUAAACUACCGAGACAGCAAACUGACCUGGCUGCUAAAGGGCGCACUGAGCGGGAAAAGCAGAAUGGUGAUGAUUGCACACAUCAGUCCUGCAGAUAGUGCCUAUGAAGAUUCACGCAGCACAAUGACCUAUGGGAGCAAGGCCAAAUUCAUCAGGACACGGGUGGAGAGGAACAGUGUCCCCCAUGGUACUGCUGAGAGCGGCAGGGGGGGGCGCAGUGCUGCGGAAAGACUCUCACCCUCCAGAGGCCAACCAUAAGACCAGAGCGCCCAGUGCCAAGGAUAUGCAGUUUGUUAUGAGACGCACUAUAGCCCCGCUGAACAAUUUGGCCCGCGUAGUCCCUAUGGCAAAGAAUUUACAGUCUCUGCAUGAGAUCAAGGCUACAGCUCGUGCCAGUGCAAAUUCUUAUACUUAUCUUGAAUUAGCACGUAGAUGGCUGUAGGAACACUACUUGGUUAAAGGUGAAUGUAAAACUAAAAAAAAAAAAAAAAAACGUAAAAAAAGAUAUAAAAAAAAAGAAAAAGGAGAGCUGGAGAUUAGGGCUACUGGCGACACCACAAGAAAAAAAAAACGACACUGGGCAGCCACCUCAUUGGUGUGUUGGAAGAGCUGCUAAUUAUUUUUAAAAUGUACAUCUAACUCAUUUAUAAGUUAAUGACUUGAAGGUUUAAACCUGGGCAAUGCCGGGUACUUCCUCUGCUUAUACAUAAGUUUUGUGCUAUUCGUGGUUUCAGUUCAAUAUGUUUCACAAUUACAUUUUAUUGCAUCCUUAUGUAUUGUACUCUUGUUAUGCGGCAUGGGGGCAUAUUCAUUAUGAAAAAAAUUGUGAAUUAAGAAUUUUUAGUUUUUAAUUCUCACCUUUUACAUUUCACAAUUUUUUUUAAAUUCAUCAUGACUCCCUUAUAAAAAUAUCACUUCCGAAAAACUGCUAUUUUUGCCAAGCAGCUUUUCGGAAAAUAGGAUUUUAAUUACCUACCGGUAAAUCCUUUUCUCGUAGUCUGUAGAGGAUACUGGGGUCCACAUUAGUACCAUGGGGUAUAGACGGGUCCACUGGGAGCCUUGGGCACUUUAAGAAAUCAAUAGUGUGCACUGGCUCCUCCCUCUAUGCCCCUCCUACCAAACUCAGUCUAGAAACUGUGCCCGAGGAGACGGACAUAUCAUGAGGAAGGAUGUAACAGAACAGUGGUGAGAUUCGAACCAGCACACACAAACAAGAGGAAAGCCAUGUUAACCAAAUCUGAACAGGAACAGCAACAGCUGAACCAACAACAUUACUUAACGAAGUAACAGUGCAGGAAACAUGAAGCACUGGGCGUGCGCCCAGUAUCCUCUAUAGCAGUGAUUUUCAACCUUUUUUUACUCACGGCACACCGAACAAUAUUUUCAAAUUCCCAAGGCACACCAUUAGUUCCCCACAGAAAAAAACAAAAAACACACAUUGGCCCUCACAGUAAAAAGAAAAAUUCCACACAUACAUUGGCCUACACAGGAAACACAAUCACAUUGCUCACCACAUAAAUCCUAUUGCUCCCCACAUGAAUUAUUCACAUUGUUCCCCCCAUAAAUCCACAAAUCCUUAUUCUCCCCACAUAAAUCCUAUUGAAAUCUUAUUUUACUUCUCCUGUGGGGAAUAAUAACAGAUAUAUUACCGGUCAGCUGCCCUCCUCCCUGUCCCUCAGUGGCGGGAGUGGUUCAUAGUGGAGUGCUGCGAAUACUGAGUUGCGGGCUCUCUGGCAGGUGUGGAUGUGGGUGGGCAAGGAAAGCUGUGUAUGCAGGCGGGAACUGGAAGAUGUGUAUGCGGGUGGGCUGGCUGGGUGGUGAGACGUGGCGGCCGAGACCUAUGAUAUCACACCGUCGCGUCUUCAAGGCAUAGGUCACGGCCAGAGCACAACUGAUCCUCUAAGAUGAGCCCGGGCCAACAGUUCACUCUGAAGGUGUAGGAAGCUGCUCUGCCUCCGCGGCACACCUUGCAACUGGUCGCGGCACACUAGUGUGCCACAGCACACUGGUUGAAAAAGCCUGUAUUAGAAGAUUUCUUAGCAGGUGGAAACGCUUUUGUAGGAGUGACAGCUGAGCACUCUUCUAAUUAUAAAAGUAUCAAGUUGGCAAAAUGCAAAUGGUAACAAUUCUUCUGUGCACCAAAGAUGCACCUAAUAAAAAUAUAAUUCAUGGUCAAAUUUACCAACAUGUAUAUACAGUACAUCUAAAAAUCAGGACAUAUACAAAUGUAAAAUAAUCCUUUUUUUUUUAAACUUUUUUCGCAACUGAUAAUUCACACUGUAGUGCUUAUACAGUAUAUGAACACAGUGGAGUGAGUGCAUCACCACUGUGUGACAGAAUUAGACUGGGGACUGGACACAGCACAGGACUUCGGGAUGGACACAGCCACUUGUAUGCAUUGGCGUUUCUAUAAUGGGUGCAGUGUGUACGGUGCACACGGGCCCCUGGGUCCAGGGGGGCCCACAUCGCACACACUGCACCCAUUUAACAUACUUACCAUUCCAGAGUCCCGUAGUUACGGCCCUCUAGUGCAGGCAUAAAUCAUUCGGUAAAUGGCCGCUGUGGCCAUUUCCGAUUGAUUUGCGCAUGCGCACCAGAGAUGUCCCUGGGAACAAGGCGGGGGCGCCAUGGUCCCGGAGACCUGCGCAUGCGCAAUAGACUGCUGCCGGAGAGGAGGUGGCCUGCAACAGAGGAUGCACGUGGGUCCCCUCCUAUCUUAAAAUGCCCCUGCUUGUAUGGCAUCUGGACACAGCACAGCCACUUGUCUGGAGUCUGGGCACAGCCACUUGUAUGGCAUCUGGACACACAGCACAUCCACUUGUCUGGAGUCUGGGCACAGCCACUUGUAUGGCAUCUGGACACACAGCACAGCCACUUGUCUGGAUACAGCACAGCCACUUGUAUGGCAUCAGGACACAGCACAGCCACUUGUAUGGCAUCUGGACACACAGCACAGCCACUUGUCUGGAUACAGCACAGCCACUU